GGAGUGUGAAGGGUUUUAGUAUUUAGCAGCUUCACACACCUGAGAAGAGAACAGAACCUGAACCCCCACUGUGCUUUUCAAGGGUGGGUUUAGCAAUGGCUUUCUUAAAUAAAAUUGGAAGUCUGCUCAAGAAUUCUGCUGUCAAGCAUAUCAAUCAAGAUUUUUCUGUGUCUACUCCUUCAAUUUUCCAAGCAAUUAGAUCCAUGUCAUCUGCAAAGCUUUUUGUUGGAGGUAUUUCUUACAGCACUGAUGAUAUGAGUCUGCGAGAGGCUUUUGGCCGCUAUGGAGAAGUAAUUGACGCCAAAGUUAUUACGGAUCGCGAAACAGGCAGGUCAAGAGGUUUUGCCUUCAUAACUUAUGCAACCAGUGAGGAUGCAUCUUCUGCCAUUCAGGGCAUGGAUGGCCAGGAUCUUCAUGGGCGGAGGAUACGGGUGAAUUAUGCUACAGAAAGGUCACGACCAGGGUUUGGUGGUGGUGGCGGCGGCUAUGGUGGAGGUGGCUCUGGUGGCAGUGGCGGAUAUGGUGGCGGCGGCUAUGGCGGUGGUGGUGGCAGCUAUGGAAGAGGUGGCUAUGGAGGUAAUGACAGUAGGGGUGGAAGUUAUGGAAGUGGUGGUUAUGGUGUUACGAGCAGCUAUGGCAGUGGCAAUGCUGAAACUAGUUACACCGGUGGUGCUGAUGCUAGUAAUUACCAAUUCAAUGAAAAUUCUGGUGGGGAUCUUGACUCAGGUAGCGGCAAGUCUGGUUUGGGAUAUGAUGGUCAAUUUGGUAGCAACCAAAAUGACGGAACAGGCGCUGACAAUGAUGAAUUCAUUGAGCCACUUGAAGAAAAUGUGAAGGAGAACAAUGAUGACUAUGCUCAGACCCGGGGGUGAAAGAAUUUUCACCAUGAAAGAAAUUCCUUGCCUAGAGCAUUUAACCUGUGGGGUUGAUGAUAAAUGUGUUAACAAUUAUUUCAGAAGUUCAUUGUUUGGUUUGAACUUGAUAGUUUGUCAGCUCAUGGACUGAUGUAAAAUAAGAUUUUCUAGGAGUCGAACUUCAUUUAGAAUGAUUUUAUUUUUCAACCAUUUGACACCAGGAAUGAUGAGAACAAAUAUACAAAACUUAUAUGCAGACAAUAAUCUUAAGUGACAUGUUUUAAGAAUGAAAAGUAGGAAUUGAAAUUCCUUGA